GUGAAGCAUCUAAAGCAAAUCAAAAAGUAAUUAGAAAUUGGUAUGAAUUUUAUGAUGAAUUUGAUAAACAAGUUAAUCAAAAAUCAAGAAGUCAUAAGAUUUCUAAGAAACAAGCUAUGUCUAAAAUAUAUAAUCAAUUUUUAAAAUGGUUUCCUAAUAUGACACAGAUUACUUUGAGAAAGAGAGUGGAAAAGGAAACAAGAUUUAUACCUUAUUUAAAAAUAUUGGUAUUGACAGAAUUGAAAGA